GUAAUGUUUAUUCUAUAGUAUUUUGUUUUCUAUUUGUAUUGCUUUACCUCUGUUCAUACAGACAUAUCUUUAUCCUUCUAUGAUUGAUCUGCUGGAGAAGACCAAGAAAAUGAGGUUACUCAGUUGGGCAGUUAUUUUUGUAGCUAUUCAUGUAAUCUCAGGAAAUGGAAACAGGAAAUCGAAAAAAAGUUCAACGGCUGAUGAAUCGAACUUGCGACCAAGGGAUUUAAUUCAUGAAACACUGAGAUAUGAUCGUCCUAAUUCUCCCAUGCUGCAAUCAGUUCUUGAUGAAUUAGUUCGUAUUUAUGAAAAUACAAUUAGUCCACUUGAACAAGUUUAUCAAUAUAAUGACUUGUCUGUGAAAGGAGAAAUGACGGUUGGUCAGAUCAAGGCCAGACCGAUGGUUUUGUUUCUUGGACCAUGGAGCACUGGUAAAACAACUAUGAUCAAUUAUCUACUUGAUAAUGAUGUUCUGAGAGUAGGUGCAGAACCGACGACUGCCGAAUUCACAAUUGUUAGUCAUGGGGAAAAAGAGAAAAACACAGAGGGUGUUGUUGUAGUUUCAGAGAAAAUGGAAUAUUCAGCUUUAGAAAAAUUUGGGCAACAUUUCAUGGAAAGAUUUUCAGGAGUUGAAUUGCCACAUCCUCUUUUGAAGAAAGUAACAUUUGUUGAUACACCAGGUAUUAUUGAGAAUAGAAAACAACAAGAGAGAGGAUAUCCAUUCAACAAGGUCAUUCAAUGGUUUAUUGAUAAAGCUGAUUUGAUAUUCAUUGUGUUUGAUCCCACUAAGUUGGAUGUUGGUUUAGAACUUGAAACAUUAUUCAAACAACUUAAAGGAAAGGAAUCACAAAUAAGGUUGAUUCUAAAUAAAGCCGACAGUCUUUCGUCUCAAGAACUGAUGCGGGUAUAUGGUGCUUUAUUCUGGAGUCUGGCACCUUUGAUUAAUGUAACAGAGCCUCCUAGAAUAUAUACAGGCUCUUUCUGGCCUUAUAAAUACAAACCUAGUACAAACACUGCACUUUUCAAACAAGAAGAAAUGUCUCUACUGCAGGAUUUGAAUGAUGUAAUUGAAAAUCGACGAAACAAAGUUGCUUUUGUGAGACAACAUGCUCAGAGAGUAAGAAUUCAUUCAUUAUUGGUUGAUGAAUAUUUGACAGCUUACAUUAAGAGGAAUAGUUUUUUCAAAGACCCUGAUGCAAUAAUAGAAGACUUGGUAUCAAUCCAGAACAUCACAAUAAUUUUUCAAAAAUGUCCUGGUCAAGACACAGUGGUCAGUCAGUUUUGA